AUGGGGGCGGACCCCCUGGGGGCAUUGCCUCGGACACUCGCACGAAAAGUCCUCUGCCUUCUAUCGUUGAGGGACAGAACUCGCUGUGAACGUGUGUGUACGCUUUGGCGGACUAUUGCGAUGGAGGCGACGAGGUCCGAAACGAAACCAGUCUGGGUUUAUGUGAUAUUCCGUAAAAAUCACUGUUCAGGUCAUGAAAAAAUGACCGUGAAUAUUAGUUUCGAUGGGCCAAUCUUCUGGAAUCGUCAAGUUGCAUACAUCUACUGCUGUUCAUGCCAUUUUGAUGAACAUGAGGGACCAUUGAUGACAAUUUUGAGUAAAUUUGAGCAACGUGUUGAACGUAUGUGUCUUGUGGAUCGUCCCGUUGAUUAUCCGUUCUUACCGGAUUCCAUGUUUUCCUAUAUGGCUAAAUGUAUGCCGAAAUUGCAGUUCAUUUAUCUACGUGAACUGGACCUAGAGAAGAUAAAUCGUGCUACAGUAGUCGACUUGGCUAAUCACAACACUUUGAAAAAGGUUAUCGUACAUGGUUGCCGAAAUUACGAAGUUCUUGAGGAUUUCCGAAAUCUACCUCAAUUGCUCGUGGUCAGAGGUGAAAUUCUAGGAUUAAAAGCAAUGUUAGGAGAUUUUGAGGAAGAACAAACCGGUUCAUCACCAGCAUCACAAUCUCUAUCACAAUCAAUUUCACAAUCGAUUUCGGAUAGCAGCGAUCAACCGGAAACGGUGACCGUUCAGGUUGCAACUGGACCGUAA